AUGUAUGGGGGGAGAGGAUGUGUGAGGACAACGCUCUUGGGCGAAGAAGCGGCAGAUACAACAACAAAAAAAACAGUUCUAAAAUCGCCUCAUCCCCCCAACAUGUCAUGCCUUUGUGUCGCAUUUCAGCAAAACAACACAAGACCCAACAGCAAACCGCAAAAAGAAAGACAUGAACAGCACUCAGCACCACUACGCCUCUCACUGCCACCAAAUUUGUGCACGUCCAGCCACACCUUCGCAUCUCCCCCACCGACCCGUCUCCUUUCACGCGUGCACCUCUGUGGAGUCCUUGGCAUUGCAGGGGAGGCACACUACCAUGCAGCAUCACCUCCCAGUCGUGCGCGGCACAGAGUCUCAACGCCAUCUCCCAGCACGUUUCACCACAAAUAG